AUUCUUGAAAGUAUCCCGGAAGUAAGGCUGUUCUAUUCCAGUGGCGGGAUUUGCUUGGAUUUGAACGUGAUCUGAGCUCAUCUACAGUGUAAAUAUGCAUCGCAGUGGUGAUCGGGGAUAUAGAGUGUACUACCAGGAAGGUUUUAAGCUUGACCUGAUGAACUAGUAUGCAGAGGAAAUGUCCGAAGAUACGGAAAAGGGCGCAGGAGAGCCCAAACCCCUUACCCAGGUGACCCGUCAGGCACUGAAGACUCACAGUGGGGAGUUUGAGUUGGACAGCAUCACUUACAUCAAUUUUCAUGACAGAGGUAUCAGCGACCUAGGCUGCAUUGGAGAGUGCACAAACCUGCAGCAUCUAAACGUCUCGAUGAACGACAUCUCGCGCCUGGCACCGCUCAGCACGCUCAAGCACCUGGUGACCCUGGACAUAUCAGCCAAUAGGAUCACUCAGCUGGAUGCUCUGAAAGAUGCUGACAGUCUUCACACCCUUAAUGCAGCUGGUAACCUGAUCAGCAGUAUUGACAAGCUUGCCUGCCUGGCUAAACUGGAACAUUUCUCCAACCUGAGGCUUCAGGAUAAAGUACAUCAACUCUUCAACCCAGUAUGUCAUGGUGCUUCCUACAAAAAGCGGUUACUAUCUUUGAUGCCCAGGCUGAAGGUUCUGGAUGGUGAGGUGUUGUCAGGUAAAGGAUCCGAGGUAUUCAGGAUAUGCUCUGAGAUCGAUGCAGCCCUGCAAGCUGCACACGACUCUGGACUCUAUGCCAUAAAUACGAGUAAGCCCCCUAGUGGUGCUAGUGGCACACCUACGAGUGGCCCAAUCCCAGAAAUGAGCAAACCGCAGCCCUGGUUUGCCAGUGACUCCCUGAGAUUGAAGGACAGUAAAGCUCAGGAUGCUGCCAUAGAUGAUGUCACCAAGAAGUUCAAGGAUGUGCUGGUAGACUGUCAAAGGCUCCAAGAAGAGGGUCAGAGAGCACUGGACCAGGCCAAGUCUUCAUCUACCCAGCAAGGCAUUGAACAUCUGAAAAACCUAGACCUCUCCAUGUAGAUAGGACUGACACCGGUUAGGAGAGUUGGUGCUUGAAGAAACAUUCUUACAUUCAAAGGACCUUAUAGGCACACACAGUGCCAGAACUUGUUCAUGUUCAAUAUGGCUGCUGCUCCAAAAGAUAUAAAUGGUGUCAUUAGUCCUAUUGCACAUGUGAACUUCCCAUGAUUCCAAAGUAUGACACAAGAUGACCUUGGGAAGUCCAAAAAUGCCAGGGCCUCGCCUAUUUUUCACUGUGAGCAGGAAUCAGAAACCAUUUGUGUUCAUAACGUUGAUAGAAUUAUGUUCAUUACGUCUCCGAACCAGCGUGCCUCAAUGAUAGUCUAACAUUGACCAAUCUGUGCCAAGUGUAAUACUUCUGUGUAUUUAAGAUGACACCUACAUUAUUGUUUCAAGUUGUAGGUCAACUUAAGAUUUGCUGUUUCUGCAUCAUUCACAAAAUAUGCAAGAAUCAGAUUUCUGGCUGUAAAAAAAUCUAAAUAAGUUUGCUUGGAGCUUUGAAUUCUGUUGAAGUUUACAAAUAGUAUUUUUAUUAUUUAUCAUUGAAUUGGAUACAUGUAUAUUUCAGAACCAGACCUAUUGAGGGAACCUUUUUUAGUCUUUUUAAAUCAUAGGUCUAUGUGAAUUGUAAAGCUUGAUACAAGGACGUGGAAAAGAUUUUAUUGUUGUACAUAGAAUGAGCUUUUAUUAGACGAAAAUUGUUAAUGUGAAAUCCUUAAUGUGGAUUCAUGUACUAUAUGCAGAUGCAGACAAUGAAUUGAUAGACAACAGAAAGUGUCAUAUGAAAUUUUUAUUGAUACAUAAAAUACAACACUACAAAUUGGGGCUUCCUGUAAACAUGGAGAAAUAUAGAAAUGUCUUGAUUUUCUUUCAAUUUUCCAAAGCAGAUUGCCUAAAUACCUGUCAAUUCUGUUUGAGCUAGAAGAAUUUCAAUUUGGGGACAAGUCCCCAAACUUGUUCCCAAAAACACUUGCCAUGUUUACAUGAAGAAACUAGAUGUAAGACAAAUACAUAUUGUACCUUACAAACUUCAUAUCAUCACCAUGUGUUAUAAAGAUGAUACAUAGCUGCCAACAUCAAGGUUUGUACAUCUUAAAAGCAAACAUUUUCCCAAGAGCAAACUUGUAAUUUUUUUCCCAAUAAAAAAAAUCAACGCCUAACCAUUUAGGCCUGCUAAUUUUAGGUGGGUCCAUCUUUGAGUAUUUUGUAAAAAAAAAAAA